AUGCUGCCCGCCUUCCUAUUUUGCCGAAUAACCUAUAUAACCGAAACUUAUCAGUUAAAACCGAUAUACAAGGACUUUUGGAUUUGUAAACCUUUCUUUCGGCCGCAGGACGGAAUUAAUAUCAGUGGAUACCAUUCUUACCAUAAGCCAAACAUCACUAGAUACUAUGUUAACAGAGACCCGUCUGACAGUAUUUACACCUUGGUGUCUCUACACGUUUUAUCUGGCGUAACGAUGUCAUUUUCUAGAUUGAAAUAUUGUUCUUUUCUUCGGUCGGUUUUUUUCGGUCCAAAAUGCACAAUGCUAACAAAUCUAACGGCUAAGCAUCGGAGAUGCUAUUUUGUAUAUUUCAGAAUUACUAAUUACAUCACAAUCUGA